CCCUCAGCUCCACCUUACCAGAAAGCGGCACCGCUGAAAUAAACUGGGACAAAAGUGGCACCCAAGGAGAAAAAGACAGUUUUACUUUACUAGUGACUUAUACUUACAUAUAUAGACUCCUCAGGUUUUACCUAGCCACUUCUAAGAUUAUAGUCUGAGCACAUAAAUUCCUUUUUAGAAUCCCCUAAUGGAUUUUAGCCCUUAGUUGACCCUACCGGAGAACUCCCAUUAGUCACUCCCCUUUUGGGGUUGUAAAAGAAAGCCUGACAGUCACUGCCUGGUGUAAACUCUUACCAGCCUUUAUGGCCCUGAAAGACUUCAAGCCUGGUGACCUCGCGUUGGCCAGAGAGUUGCUGAUUGUGUGUGUAUAUGAACUGGAAAUUUGAGAGGGAACGAAGUGAGAAAACAGCAGAAGGGGGCGGAGAGGAGCCGAGUGUGAGAAUGAAAGGAAGCUGAGCAGACAGAAUUGACUGAGAAGAAUGAAGUGAACGGACUCAGGAGCUCGGUGUGCUUAGAGUCUUUCCAUACCCCUAAGUUCAGAGCCGCGGCUGGUUGUUAGACUCUUCGAUGGACCCUGGGAAAGACUAUAAAGGGCUGGACCCUUCGAGUCUUUAAUAACUUCCAUUGGUCCCUGCUCUUAAGCUUCGUACCAUCUUUCAACUGGGAGUCAGCCUUCAUUAGAAGCACAUGUGCCUCUGAGGGCCAUUUCAGAUUCAAAAACCAGGAGACAGAUGAAGUUUUCCCGGCAACAUUCAUUGCAUGGAAACUGAUUAUUCAUUGAUCUAUUCAAUUAGAAAAAUGCCUAGACAAUCCUAAUAUAUGAAGCAUGUGAAUGGAGAAAAUCAUUAUCUGAUAAACGAAAGAUCUGCUGUGGUGAAGAGUAACAAGGAGUCCCACAGGCUCUCUCAGGGCGCCGAGUCUUCAUCCUCGAUGUAGCACUAAGAAGUUAGUGACAUGCAGAGUGAUGUCAGUGAGAUACAUCUGCUCCUGGCAGCACCAGUCUACUUCAGAGAAGAUGAUGGGCAUUGAAGAACCUUACAUGGAGUUUGCUUUUUUUGUGACAAAGUUAGCCACUGUGCAAGAUAUUGCCCUUCCCUUGACUGCUGACAAUAUGUUGUCUAUGUUGGACAAGAAAGACACAAAGGACUGCUGAACUUUGCCAAGACAAGACCUGGGCCUGCACUGAGGCCCACUCAGCCUCAGAUCUCAGCUGGCAGCUGUGUGAGCCACACUAUGGAGAAGGUCAUCUCCUUUCUGCACAGCACGACGGAACCAUGCUUGGGCUUCAGCUCCGUGCUCUCGGACACUGACCCACUGCACCUUCCUUAGUGCAGGGGCUGCUGCUCCUGUGCCUGCUGUACCUGAUACUGACUUCAUUUUAUCCCUGUGGAAACGUCAAGACCUCAGAAAGAUUCGAGAACUUUCCAGAGAGAAACAGAAGGGAAGAAGCUGUCUGUUCUAGAAGGUCAGAGAUGUGACAGAUCAUGACAGGCAUCAGGUGAUCCCGUCUGAGAUCGGUCACCAUGGCCUCCUGUCCCUUGUGUUGGCCCUUACAGCAGCUCCGUGCCUUGCUCUUGAAGCCCCAUGGGAACUCGAAGAGACAAAUGAAAAAGACAUUGACUUUCCAGACUCUUGAGAAGACUAAAAAGGAAGAUGACACAUUUUCAGAUCUCAAGAGGUCAGAAUAUCAUCUCCCAGCCCCAUGGAAGUUCCUGGGUUCUACUGUCAUUGAUCAGGACACCCCAGCCCCCCAAACUGGCUGGAAUCUCAAAGGGAAAGCAGGCCAGUUUGGACUUUCUGAACGGCUCCUGUGUGUGAAGGUUCUAGAGGGAGACCUGGAGCAGAAACACAGCCAGCUCUUCUGGGGUCUCCCCUCUCUGCACAGCGAGUCCAUCGUGGCCACUCUCCUGGUGCCCCUGAGCAGCUACUCACUAGAGCCUGACCUUGUGCUCUUCAAUGGAGUCUGUAAAGCCGCCACAGCCCCCAUUUUGGACCACGGAUCUCCAGCCCUUCCACAGCCCCACGCCUUGCCCCUCGCCUUUGUACAUCCUCAGCCUUUUCCCAACGUAGAGCCCCAGCCACCAACGCUCCCUUUCUCUCAGGUCCCUCCCCAGGCCCACGUGCAGUCUCCACUCUCUCCCAUGCAGUCGUCCCCUCUGCCCUGUGGCAGCGCUCUCCAAACACCACACAACAGGACUGUCCCUGGGGUCUCCAGGGGAAACGAACAGCUGCAAAGCGACCUGUUGCAGAAUCAUCACGCUGGUUUGUGGGACUUGGUCCCUGGAUACCAGCAAUAUGAAACUGCCUUUGGUCUUCUGGUUCCCGGCUUUCCAUUGGUCAGCCAGCCUUCGCAGGACUUUGUCUCCGUCCCCAGCACCGGUCAUUUUCACUUCAGCAGUGACCUUCAGGACAACCUGGGGCCGUAUGGACCAUACAAGCCAACCCCACCCUGGCACUACCAGCCCUGCGGCGGGACAGGAGUACUGGAAGUGAUGGGCCCUCAAUACAAACCAACAGGGACAUCUCCCCACAGCUGCAAAUGUGCUAAACCUCAACACUCCGUACACUGGGACCAGAGCUCCAGCCACCUCAGGACUGAAGAACCGAGUCACUCAGAAAGUUUCUGUGAGAGCUUCUCAAUGAAGCCUCAGCUCAGAAAGGACGUAGCCAAGAAUCUUGGCCAAAUCCUAGGGAAAUGCCCAUUAGGCAACCCACAAAUGAUCUCGGGAUGUUAUGUACUGAACAAUCUGAGGGUUGUACCCGAGACAGAGGGGAAGUGGGUAUGUCACUCAAGAAUUAACUUGAAAAACGAGCGACUCAGCAUCUCAAGGAAGAGCUUGGACCAAAGACAAGCAAGAAGCGCCCUUCGGUUGCAUGUGAGCAGCAAGCUCUGGCAGAUCACCAUGGGUCGGAUCCCAACCAAGGUGUGCAGUUCCUGGCUUGCUGAAGAUGAGCCUCUCCGCAGCUCACCACUGGGCAACGCUUACUGCUGCACCGCUAUUCCCGAAAUACCCUUUCUUGACCACAAGACGCAAAAGAUGCUAGAAGCCCAUCUUAUAAGGUUCCGAGUGAGUCAGAAGUGGGGCCUCCCCCUCAAAGUUAUAGAAUCCAUAAAAUUCUAUAUGUUACGAGAAGCUAAAACAUGGCCUCUCCCUCAGCCUGAUGUCCCCUCAUCUUCAAACAGUGUUUCUGGGACGGAUUUGAAAAGUAACUUCUCCCAUCCCCUCAGAGGAAGCUCUAGCCUUUUUCAUGGAGACAAGACGGAAGCAGCAAACUCGGCCUCCACCACGGUUCAUCGACUUCCCCUCACCAUCUCACAUGCAGACAGGGAAGGAGAGGGGUCCCCGAGACAAUUACUGUCUAGCACUGGUUAUGAGGUUACGGAGACGGUCCAGACAACUGAGAGUGAUAGAUACAGCAGUGUGGACAGCAUGAGUCUGAAUGGUGCUGAACUACAGAGCAGACCUAGUCAGGAGCAGCCCAGCCAGGAUCAAGUGGCUGCGUCUGAGCCAGAGAAUGAGGUGACAAGUUCUUCUUCUCGUCUAGAAACCACUGGAGGCAAACGGAGGUCGGAGAAGAACUUAAAGCAUGUGCUGACACCCAGCAUGCUCAGGGAGAUAUUCAGGGCCCCGGAGGUGAGGGUUCUGCUGUCAGGAUCUGAUGCUAGCGGCAAGUUGGGAAGCUCCACAGAGAAAAAUAAAGACAGCAAUAAAGCAGCCUCUGUUCUAACUGCAGACCACAACCCAUCAAGGAUAUCGGUUCCUGAAGACCUGGCAGUGUGGGACUUUAAGAAGCAGUUGUUUACAGAACUGAAGUUUAAGUUGGAGAAUCAGGCACAGAGCCAGACCGAAGACUAUGAAAGUGAUGUGUCCUUUACCUCAGAGAGUCUGACUGGCUACUUGCCAUCUUCAUCCAACAGUGUGUCCAGUGAGGAUGCUUCCGUUUUCAAGGACUUCCAUACCCACUUACAUAACGCAGGCGUCAGUUUGGAUCCACGGCAGGAGCCCGGGUUCUUCAAACGUAUCUUAAGGAAUUUAACACCAGUUGAGAAAAUACUGGCCUUAUCAGUACCCAGAAAAGAAAGUGAUAGAAGUGAGACCCCAGGAUUAGGGACAUCCAAAACAGGAAAGAGCCAGCCUAUUAAAGGAAAAUCAGACAAGAAGCCACAUCCUCCUGAAAGUUACUUCAGAAAAAAGAUAGGACAGUUUUUUCAGUUGCUUUAUUCCAGCAAAGACAGCACAAGACAUAGAUCUGAGAAAGACAGGGCUCUCUUUAUGAGCUGUGGGCCUCCCGAAGCCCAUGAGCUCAUGGCGUCCCUGGGGAAACUCCUGGAGGAUAAGCUGCUGUGUGGGCAGAGAUCCGAGUUCUUGGAGUGGAGCCACAGGAGGAGCCUACGGGCUCAGCCCAAGCCCACCAGGGGCCAACCCUCCAACCGUGGGGCUACCUAUGCCCAACAUGGAGAAGCAAAGAGGAAUUGCUACCGUUGCCAGACAGCCGUCUCUCCUGGUUUAAGUCCUGUGCUAAGUCCUGGACAGAGACAUCCUCGUGUAUCUUUUGAGCAGCGGCCACAAUUCUGGGAUUACUCGCCUACCCCUGAGUCCAGGGAUCCCUAGUCCCUUUCAAGCCUGAAGGUGUGUCCGGUGCCUUCCCGGCCCUCACAUCUGCUAAAGGAGUGUUCUGAGACCCGACUCUUCUACAGAAACAGAACUUGUUUCUGUUUAUGUGAAGGAAAUGUUUCUGCAAUGGAAUCAGUCUUUGUUUAAAAAAAAUAUUUUCAGAGCAAUACAUCCUGUGAUGAGAAUAAUCUAUUUAGCAAAACAAAGAGUAAAUGUUUCUUCUGAGA